AUGGAGGAUCUCCUGGAGUUCAAUGCGGAUUUGCUCUUCCAGCUGGACAGCUACAUUGACGUUCUCGAAGCUAGAAUCAAUCUUAUCCGAAGGAUAGCGCAUUACAUGAUGAAGCAUUAUAAUAGGGACAGCCUGCAAGGAAAUCUCCUCAGCCACUUUCGUCUCCUUCGACACAUGCAGAAGGACUGGGCACACGUGCUGGAGUUGAUGGAGCAGCCCCUGGGCAAGAGCCAGUUGCUGUUCCUGAAGGAGUCACGACCCCAUUACCCCAGUGCCUCUGACUUGGAGGAAGGCUCCUUCGGCAUUCAGCGGAUAAAGCAGAUCUAUCGGUUGCAGCUUAAGGAUAUGGUCUCCGGCCUGCUUGAUGGCGUUCAACAUGGGACCAGCUUUUCUACCCUGGAGAGUUUCACUGUGGCUAGGGCACUGUAUAGGAGGUUCAGAUACCACGAGGCGAUACCAUGGCUGGAGCAGACUCUCAGCCUAUACGAACAGACAUCAGAGGAGGCAAGAGAGAGCUAUCAGUUGCUUGGCUUCGAUGUCUCCCAAACGCACAAGCUGUUCAUCGAAGGACUGAUGAAACUAAAUCGCUAUGAGGACGCUUUGGAGGCCAUUGAUCGGGAUCCCCAACCCUAUCUAUGGCGACUCCGAGAAAGGGUGGAUAUGCUGAUGAUGAGCUCCAACGACCUGCCGCUAGAGAAACCCAAUCCGCCGCUGACUACCUUGCAGCUCUGCUGUCGUGGAGGCUGUCCGUAUCGGGACAUGCACCGCCUGACUUGCAGCUACAACACCACAGUCACGCCCCUCCUCCGGCUGGCUCCCUUCAAGACGGAGAUUCUCUCGCUCUCGCCCUACAUGGUGCUCUACCAUGACGUCAUCACACCGCUGGAAUCGGAGACGCUCCGAAAUCUGUCCAGGCCGCACAUGAAGCGUCGGGCCAUGACCUACAACAAGCUGAAUCUGAGGCCAAUAAUCGACCCGAAACGCACCUCGAACUCUGUGUGGUUCAAGUCCAAUAGCAAUGCAGUGAUCGAGCGGCUGGAGCGGAGGGCUGGGCACAUGACAAACUUCGAGAUGGAGUACUCGGAGGUAUACCAGAUGCUCAACUAUGGGAUCGGUGGCCACUACUAUCCCCACGUUGACCACUUUGAGAGCCCAGAGGUUCUCAAGCAGCGGAAAAUAGGAGACCGAAUAGCCACCAUUCUGUUUUAUCUCAGUGAUGUCCCUCAAGGAGGUGCCACGCUUUUUCCUUUGCUAAAUAUCUCCGUUCAACCACGACAAGGUGACGCUCUUCUCUGGUACAACCUCAACGAUCGAGGACAGGGCGAAAUGGACACUCUGCAUACAUCAUGUCCCAUAAUUAAAGGUUCCAAGUGGGCCCUGGUCAAGUGGAUAGACGAGCUGUCGCAGCCCUUCCGCAGACCGUGUAAUCGAUAGCACUUCCUUUCAUGCCCAUGUCUAAUGCACAAUUCUGUUCGC